UGCCCCCACCCCGUUUUAAGGGUUCAACCGUAAACAGGAGAAUGCGGAUACCAGGAAGGUCUUCUUAAAAAGAUAAACAUACACCGCUAAGGUAGAAACGAGGAGGGUCCUGCUGAACACAUAGACACCCUGCUACGGUAGCCUUCCAGAAAUAUUCCCCUCUCCAGUGCAGUUAGUUCCAGAUAGGCAGACUGCGACGACACGGUAGUCGAAGUCGGUCAUCAUGGCAAUGAAAAGAAUAAAGAGGGAGCUGGACGAAUUAAAGAAAGAUCCUCCGGCACAGUGUUCUGCUGGACUAGCUGCGGACGACUUGUUUCAUUGGCAGGCAACCAUAAUGGGCCCAAAUGACAGUCCAUACCAAGGGGGAGUCUUCUUCCUCACCAUACAUUUCCCCACCGACUACCCCUUCAAGCCCCCCAAGAUUACGUUCACGACCAAAAUCUAUCACCCAAAUAUCAACAGCAACGGGAGCAUCUGUCUGGACAUCCUCCGCUCCCAGUGGUCCCCGGCCCUUACCGUAUCCAAAGUGUUGCUGUCCAUAUGUUCGUUGCUGUGUGACCCCAACCCAGAUGACCCCUUAGUCCCGGACAUAGCCCAUAUUUACAAGAACGACAAAGAGAAAUACAACAAAUUAGCCAAGGAAUGGACCCUCAAGCAUGCAAUUAUGUGAAAAAGAAAAAUGAAACCAGAUUUUUUUUUAAGUCACAAUACACUGUAAAGUAGUAUGUAUAAAUAAAGUAACAAACAUCAAUGUGUACCACCGUCGAAACUUAACAGCCAUAUAUCCUGACUUGGCGCUUUUGUUUUUAAAUAUAGCUUUGUAUGUCAUCAAUGAGGGACCCUUAAGAAAAUUAACCCAUUCCUGAUGUCCACUUGGUGGGAGCAAUGACAUUAUAACAUUCCUUAUAUCACGCAUCUUAAUAUGUCUGGGCUUCUAUUAUGAAUAGUUUAUCAUGUUUUGUGUACAGUAUUAAAGCAUCAGUGAACCCAUGCUGUGAAGUUUUUCUUUGGUAUUGAAACCCCCUGUCCGACCUUGGGGGGGCUUGUUCUGGCAGCGGAUGUGACAUUGACCAUUGUCCGUUCUUCACAAGCACCCCAGUGGAAGGGUUAGACAGUCACUGUAGUUUCCUUUCUGGGAUUCAUUCAUUAAUUCCCCUGAUUUACCCAGGACACUUGCUAAAGAUUGGGCUUGGCUGCAGGUGUUCAGGCAAUUAAAAGUUGCAGUUGAACAGACCUUUUUACUGCCUUAUUAGUGGUGUCUUCAUAAAAGCUCACUUCCUUUUUUCUUUACCAAUUUUCUUAUCUGUGUUUUUAUUUAUUUUUUAAAUAUGGGCUGUUCUGAUAGACGCAUGUCACCCCUUAUUUUGCAACCUCUGAGGUCAAUUGAAGGGUUAUUCAUUAGAAAGGCUUUGAGUUUAAACUGUAAAAUCUGAUGGGAGGUAUGCUAUUUAAAGAACAAACUAGAGUGGAUCAAAUUAAAGAACCGCAGAUUCAACUUUGACCCAAUUAGCCGAAUGAACUAACAUACAGCUGGUUGCGUAACAUUCUUUAGGUUGGUGCCCUGCAUUGUGUGCUGGUGAGAGAAUGAAACAUUUCUAGUGUGGCAGGUCCAUUCUGUCCGUCAUCCACGACUGCUGAUGAUAAAGAUACAACACGUAUUUAGUAAGUCGCUCUUAAAUAUGUUUACAUGGAUACUGCAUAAGACAGAAAACAACACUUUAAUUUUCAUAGUCCA